AUGGCAUCAAAUUCUGAGGAACCGAAUGAGACCCCAAGUUUACAGAGAAAUUCAGGUGACGUUGGUUGGGAAUUUGGAGUCUUGAUCAACCCCAACAAUUUGGACAAGGUGAAGUGCAGACUUUGUGAUAAAGAGUUUUCGGGAGGAGUAUACAGAUUGAAACAACACAUUUCUAGAAUCCAAGGGAAUGUCGCUAGUUGUCCAAAGUCAAAUAAAGAAGAGCAAGACGUGUGCAGGCAAGCAAUUAUCGAAGCAAGAAAUAAAAAGAAACGAGUCCGACUUAAUGACGCUGAGAUUAGAGGCACAGUAAAUGUUAAUCAAAGAAGAGAAGCGGAAGAUGAAGUGAUUGAGGUAGAAGGGAUGGUUAACAAAAUGCCUCGUAUGUUUGGUCCUUUGGAUAGAUUUACUUCAACCAUCCAUCAACAGGCUCCUCAAGGUCCAGUAUUGACAUCGCAUCAACAACAUAUUAAGAAUGUUAUUGCAAAAGACAAACUGCAUGUGGUCCAUCAAUAUGUUGCUAGAUGGGUAUAUGCUCAUGGGAUUCCGUUUAAUGCCAUUGCAAAUGAUGAUUUUAAGAGAAUGCUUGAGGCUGCUGGACAAUUUGGAGCAGGUGUGACUCCGCCUAGUCAAUAUCAGUUGAGGGAACCACUGUUAAAGGAAGAGGUUGGUAGAGUGAACAGUUUGAUGAAAGUACAAGAAGUUGAGUGGAAGCAGACUGGAUGCUCUGUAAUGACAGAUGCUUGGUCAGAUAGAAAAAGAAGGAGUAUCAUGAAUUUGUGUAUCAACUGCAAAGAAGGUACACAGUUUCAUUCGUCUAAAGAUUGCUCUGAUGAUGCCCAUACAGGUCAAUAUAUUUUUGAGUAUGUUAAUGAGGGCAUCAAGAAAGUGGGUGGAGAUAAUGUAGUCCAAGUGGUAACGGAUAAUGCCACUAACAAUAUGGCUGCUGCAAAGUUGUUAAAGGAGGUGAGACCAUCCAUAUUUUGGACAUCUUGUGCAACUCAUACAAUAAAUCUGAUGGUGGAAGGCAUUGCCAAGCUUCCGUUGUUUGAAGAAGCGAUAAACAAGGCCAAGGCAUUUACCAUUUUCAUCUAUGCCCAUCACCGGACUUUGGCUAUGAUGAGAAAAUAUACAAAGAAAGGAGACAUUGUGAGGCCUGGAGUAACUAGAUUUGCAUCUGCUUUUCUGACUUUGCAAAGUUUGAUGAAGAAGCAAGAAAAUUUAAUGAUGAUGUUUGCUAGCAACGAUUGGAGACAAUGUCAAUGGGCAAAGCAUCCUAAGGGACUCACAGCCUAUCAUACAACAAUGAAUAUGGAGUUCUGGGAUAGUGUGGAAACGUGCAUAAAAGUCUUUGCAGCCUUGGUUAAAGUUCUUCGGCUAGUUGACGGCGAUCUGAAACCAACAAUGGGGUUUCUACAUGGGGAGUUAGAAGAAGCAAAGAAAGAGAUAUGCAACGCUCUAAACAAUGUUGAGAAGAACUUUAAACCAAUCCUCAAUAUCAUUGAGCAGAAGAGUCAAGGUCGGCUUGAUAGUCCGCUUCACUGGAUGGCAUUUUUUUUGAAUCCCUAUUAUUUCUAUAAGGAUUUGACUAUUCAGUUCGACAGAGAUGUCACUACUGCUACUUUCAAGUGUCUUGAUGCUUUUUUCCCCAAUGAUCUUGAGACUCAAACAUUUGUCAUCAACGUUGAACUUCCAAAGUACACAAAACAAGAGGGAAACUUUGGGCAUCCAACAGCUAUUAGAGGAUGUUCCAAAAAUGAUGAAAAUUAUGAUCCAGUUCAAUGGUGGAAUUUUUACGGUGUUGAGGUUCCCAAUCUACAAAAAGUGGCAAGAAAGAUUUUGUCUUUGACAACUAGCUCAUCCGGAUGUGAACGUAACUGGAGUAUAUUUGAAGGGGUACACAUUAAGAAACGAAAUAGACUUGAUACAAAACGGUUGAAUGAUCUUGUUUAUGUCCAAUUCAACAUGAGAUUGUUAACCAAAAGAAAGAAGCAAAAUGAGAAGAAAGGGGAUAUACUACGUGCAGAUUCUGCUGUUCAUGCUCAAGAUUGGAUUGUUGAAGAAAGUGAGAUGGAACUAGGAGAUAAUUGUGAAACUACGGAAGACAUAUCUGAAGGCAAUGGUUUGGUUAGGGAGCUUUAUGAAUCUGAUGAUGGGGAAGAAGUUUACAUUGACUUUGAGUCCGAUGAUGAACAUUUUUAG